AUGCCGUCACGGCGGGACCUAGCCACGCCAUGGCAGCGGCUCCGCUCGCGCGUGUUCCGCGUGCAGGAGGUCAGCACGCUCUUCGCCAGCUCAGAUGCUGCUGGAGUUGACACGUGGCACUCGCCGCGAUCCCCGCAUUGCACAUCGACGGUUAAGGACAGGGACGGUAGGACUGGGGAAGCGGAGAGCGCGGAGGCGGCGGAAUGGGGUGGCGGGGGUGGCGGAGAAGCGACGCUGAAGCGGUCGCUGGGAUGGGCGGACACGAUCUCGCUGGGGGUCGCCAGCAUCAUUGGCGCGGGUCCGUGCAGCAUCGUAGAGCACCGAGUGUUCAUCAUCACAGGGGUAGCGGCUAGAGACCACGCCGGCCCCUCUGUCAUCCUCUCGUACCUCCUCUCUGCCACGUCAGCACUCCUCUCGGCCCUCUGCUACACCGAGUUUGCCGUCCACCUGCCUGUAGCGGGCGGCGCCUUCUCCUACCUCAUGGUCACGCUAGGCGAGCUGCCAGCCUUUAUCACAGUAGCGAAUCUCCUUAUGGAGUACAUUCUCUCCAACGCCGCAGCUGCCCGCGGCCUCUCUGCCUACUUCGCAGGGUUCCUCGGGCAGGACUCGGAAUUUUUCCGGCUGCCCGUGCCAGCAUGGGGAAUCACCCUGGAUUUCGUUGCGCUGGGGCUGAUCCUGUCACUGUCCGUGCUGGUGGCAUACGGCACCCAGGAAUCGUCCUACUUCAACUUCCUUGCUUCCGGUCUCAGCAUGCUCGCCAUUGCCAUCAUUAUCGUUGCUGGCUUCACAGCAGGCAGCCUGGAAAACGUCACCGCUUCCUUUGCUCCGUUCGGCCUGCAGGGCAUGCUGGACGCAGCAGCGCUCGUCUACUUCUGUUUUAUCGGCUUCGACGCAGUUACCACACUUGCGGAGGAAGUCGCUAAUCCGGCCGUUGAUCUCCCGAUCGGGAUUGUGGGAUCGGUGGCCGUGGUGGCUCUGAUCUACGGCUUCAUGGCGCUCUCCCUCUGCCUCCUCGUGCCCUACACUCAGAUCGACGCCGACGCUCCCUUCUCCUCCGCGUUGCACCAGCUGGCAGGGUGGGGUUGGGCAGCAGGCGCGGUGGCAGCAGGGGCGCUGCUAGCCAUAGUGACUGCUGUGCUGGUGGGGCUGAUGGGUCAGGCUCGGAUCGUGCUCGUGGUGGCUCGGGCUGAGCUUCUGCCGAAGCAGCUUGCUUCGGUGUCACCUGUGACGCGCACACCUCUCUUUGCGACGGCUGUCCUUGGUGUCAUCGCACUACUGGUGGAUCUGGAGACGCUAGCCAGCAUGGUGUCCAUCGGCACGCUGCUCAUCUUCCUCAUGGUCGCCCUCGCCCUCCUCCUGCACCGCUACCACCCCCGCGUCACCCUGCCACCCCUCGCUCCCAUUCCUGCCGCUGCUUCUGCACAUACAGCAGCAUCAGAAGGAGCAGGAGUGGGGAGAAACGUAGUAGAAGAGGCAGCAGCAGAAGCAGCAGGAGAUGAUGGAGUCCCUUUGAUGGCAAACGAAUGUCACUCCCGACCUUGUGAGGUCAACCCACCUGCUGUGCUCUCCCCGCGAAAACAUCAAGUGCAAGCUGCACGGCAGCAGAGCGAGAAUGGACAAACCACUGAGGGAACCGCCAAGGGAUGGCAAAAACAGAAGCAGGGUGGCGGGGAGGGCAUGGGGGUGGUGCUGAUGCAUCUGGGUGUGAUGGUGGGGGGGGCAGCAGGCGUGGCAGUGGUGUUCAGAGUGCUCCCGGGCCACACUGCACCCGCGCUGCUCUCCGCCUCCCUCUGGGCUGCUGCCACCGCCUCCCUUGCCGUGCGUCCCUCUGCUCUUACUCCCUCUGCUCUCCCUCUACUCCGCCAUUCCCUCCCACUCACUCCCCUUCCUCCGCCUUCUCCUCUCCCCAGCGUCGCAGGCAAGCUGUGGCUAUGCAUUCUUGCUCUUGUUCCCCUUUCCCUCUUCUGCCUCAUCCCGGAAGCGGAGGCCACGCGGGUGUUCUCAGUGCCACUAUGCCCGUGGCUGCCCUCCGCCUCCAUCCUCAUCAACACGGUGCUCCUCGCCUCCCUCGACACCUCCGCCUUCAUCCGCUUUAUACUCUGGUCUGCCAUAGUCACUGUCGGGUAUGUCCUAAUGGUGCUGCUAUCCCGUGAGCCUAAGGCAGAGUAUGGGGGGGUUAAGGGAGAGCAUGGGGUUAUGACGGCAGCAUCUGCCCUGUCUCCUGCAGCAGAGAGCAAGGCAGAUGACACAGGGGAUGUAGAGUUGACCCCUCUGGUUACCCAUGCGCAAACAUGA